AUGACCAUCAAAAAAGAUUCCAAUGUUGCCAAUUCUCCCAGGGUAUGGACAACGUUGAUCACCAAUACGGCGUACCUUCCAGGGCUGCUGAAUCUGGACUAUUCACUGAAAAAAGUAGGGUCCAAGUACCCUUUGGUGGCGCUAUACACUGAUACGUUUGGCCCUGAGGGGCACGCCGAACUAGAUGCAAGGAAUAUUCCCAAAUUGAGGAUUGAAUACUUGCUUCCUCUGGAAUCCAAGGACUAUAGCAAUGAUACCAGGUUUUACGAUUGUUGGACCAAACUACAACCAUUCAGUUUAGUUCAGUUUGAAAGGGUUGUCCAGAUCGAUUCUGAUAUGUUAGUGGUGCAAAAUAUGGACGAGCUGAUGGAGUUGGAUCUUGGAAACUAUGACUUUGCUGCAACUCAUGCUUGUGUUUGCAACCCUUAUAAAAAACCUCAUUAUCCUUCCGAUUGGAUAGCUACCAAUUGUGCGUACUCUAGUGGGAAUCAUCAGCAAAGAGCUAAAAUCUCCCCUCAUUUGCUUGAGUUUGCUGAAGAAUACAACCUAGUAGGUCCUCCUGCUACUCUGAGUUUAGGUACCUGCAAUGGAGGCCUUCAGGUAGUCAAUCCUUCUAAAGAACGUUAUGAAAAGAUCAUUAGUGCCCUAUCGGCCCCAGAAAAAACCUCUAAUUAUGAGUUUGCUGACCAGUCUUUGUUGAGUGACGUUUUCCGUGGCAACUGGCUCCCUCUAUCCUACAAGUAUAAUGCCCUCAAAACUCUCGCAACGUUUCAUUCCGAUUUAUGGAAACCAGAGGAGGUGAAGAAUAUCCAUUACAUUAUCACCCCGAAACCUUGGGAUGUCACUAGUAACGACGAGAAGUUCCAGGAUGAUACAGGUACAUUCGUCCACUGGUGGAAAAUUAAUGAACAGCGUCUAGAAGCUGAACGACAAGUAGACACCACCAAUCAGUCUUAG